AUGUCAAAUUGGGCUGAAAAUCCACAACACUAAAAGCAAUCUCUGAUGUCCUACAGCUUGCCAUAACUAUUGUUCCAAGAGUGCCACAACUAUUGCGUGAACUUUGCCGCUAUAAGAGUUGCUCAAAGCCAACCAGAAAUUGCCUGCCUUGCCAACUGCCAGGCCAAGACUUACAAAGCUUUCAACUUAUACAUGGAGGUGCAAACUAGAUUCGCUGCCAGCAAGUCAAUCAGAUCCUACGUUGACGUUUCCAACUUCACUGGCAUGGAGAUCGAGCACCAACACGAUACAUCAAGUCAGAUUCCUCACCUCAACGACGGCCAUGUCAAUAUGAGUGCUCAUGAAGAUUUCUUCAAUAAUGUCGAGGAAGCAACUGAGUCUAUCAAAAGAGAAGCACUGUAAUGA